CUCUUAAACAGACCAUCAGAUGUGCAUUUUCCCAGACUCUGGUGAGCGUUUAGCCUGAACCUGAACUAUAAAUGUACAUCUGACUUUUUGAAGACCACUUCGUCUGCAUGAGAUCACUUGGAAUCCCAGAAAAUGCCCAACAGAGCCCAAGAGGAUGCUGUGAUUAACCUGAAGACGCUGCAUGAACUUUCUACACAGCUUGGCUUUGAGUGGAGGGUUCUAGCGUGUGAGCUUGGGUUCUGCCGAUCUGAGAUAGGACGGUUCCAUGCCAGAUCUGCAGACAGGAUUGUGCAGGCCAGGACCAUGUUGGAGAGCUGGUAUGAACGGUCGUGGGACAAACCCAACAAAACCAAACUGCUUCAAGACGGUCUGGAGCGAGCGGGCAGACGAGAUUUGGCUGAAAAACUGCGCUGCCUCCACUGGGGUCACCAGAAGCUGAGCAAAAAGGUGGAGCUCCCUUCGGCUUUCCCCUUCAUUAUCACCGUCCACAAAACCAUCCGCAACCAGGACGCCCUGCGAAGAAUCAACGACUUGAGCGGCAGGUUCACCUAAAGAUGGAUAGAAGGAAAAUUCCCAAAUAUGCUGACUUUAUCUAUUAAAUCGGAGUUGGCACAGUG